UUUGUGGUCAAAGUCAGCUGUCAAAUCAAAAGGAUUAAAAUUUAAUUUGACUGUUUACUCAUUUUUCUUGUUUUCUUUUUAAAUAUCUUUUCGCGAAAUAUUUAAGCUAUUCUGUUUAAAUGGGUAUUAAAGAAGCUGCAAUUUACUUAGAUAAUCAAUGGAAUACCUAUUAUGCUGGUCAGACUGUGAAUGGAAGAAUAGAAUAUGUUUUUGAUAGCCCAAAAAAAGUUAGAGGCAUUCAUGUCAAGUUUAAAGGUGAAGCUCACACUGAAUGGAGUGAGAGUAAGCAAGAGGAGGAUUCUGAAGGUAGAACACAAUCCACGGAUACACUGCAUCAAGGGAAUGAGGAAUACUUCCAGAUAUCAUAUUACUUGUUGGGAAGUAAUAAUGGUAAUGAGAUAGAAAUCCCACCAGGUAAACAAGUAUACAACUUCACAUGUGCACUGCCUCCAGUUUUGCCUUCAUCAUUUGAAGGGCAAUAUGGUUAUGUCAGAUACACUGUCAAAGUUACACUUGACAGACCUUGGAAAUUUGAUCAGGAUACAAAGGUGGCUUUUACUGUCAUAAAUGCAUUGGAUUUAAAUUUGAAUCCAUCUUACAGGGAGCCAAUACAUUUCCAAAUGGAGAAAACGUUCUGUUGUUUCUGUUGCGCCUCGCCUCCGUUGUCAGUGGAUGUACGGGCUCCGGUGUCGGGGUAUUGCCCCGGACAAGUCAUACCACUUGCUAUAGACAUUGAGAAUAAAAGUAACGUUCAGUUACACCUUGUCAAGAUUUUCUUAAGAAAGGUUGUUACCUAUAGAGCCACAUCUCCUAGCACUGCUAUCAAAAAGUCUAAAGAUAUAAUAAUUACAAUGCAAGAAGGACCCGUACCGGCUGGAGCUGUCAAAAAUUGGAAUUUAAAUUUGGAGAUACCACCAAUACCACCUUCAAACUUGGUCAAUUGCAGUAUCAUUGAUUUGGAUUAUGAUUUGAAGGUUGAGUGUGCUGUAUCAGGGAUGCAUAUGAAUUUGAAGGAUCGCAAAUAUAUAACGAUUGGCACCGUGCCAUUGGUUGGCAUGGCGGGCCAGCCAUCGACAACGCCAUCGGCUCCCGUCGCUCCAAGCUCGCCGAGCCAGCCGGCAGUGUUGCCAGUGGCGCCUGGACAGCCUGCGCAGCCUGGCAUUGUAGCAGGUGGAGACACGCUACCCGGCGGCUGGGUAGCGCCGGGCGCGCCGCAGCCACAGGCUCCGUAUCAAACACUCUACCCUACUUUGAGCGAGCCGGUUUACAAGGAGUCCCCGUACACGGCGCGCACUCUGUACGACCGCGGGGACAGCGCGCACAUGAUCACGAGUCCGGCCCGCUUCGCGCCCUACUACCCCACCUACGCCGCCGUCCAGCCGCCGCCCCUGCCGCGCUGAGAUAACUAUACACUUAUCACAUUAAUGAUCACUACAAAAUAAGCUACGUUCAUUAACCUCUUAUAAUAAAAAGACGCAGAAUCAUGUAGACAAUUUCACUUAAAAACUGGCCAAUUUUCUUUGACAGUUUUAAUUAUUGAAAAGAUUAUACCAAAAGCCUUUAAAUACAGUCCAAUAUUCAAUAAAAACACGACAUUAAUGAUCACUAAACAAAAUAGGCUACGUUCAUUGACCUCUUAUAAUAAAAGGACGCAGAAUCAUGUAGAAAAUUUCACUUAAUAAUAAAAAUUUUAAUAAAAAAAAUACAACCGACUUCAAAACCUAAAAACGUACCUACUAAACUAAAAAGCGAAAAAUAACAUCAUAAUAUGUUCUACCUGCUGAUCAGUAUGAAGGCGGUGCUAAGCCGGUGAUGUUCAUGUUAUAGAUUUAGAUUUUGCAGACAGUGUUGUUUCAUGUGGUCCUGUCAGAAAUGGCUUAAAUUAAGACAACACCGGCUAAGCACCGACUUCAUACUGAUCAGCAGGUAGAACAUAUUAUGAUGUUAUUUUUCGCUUUUUAGUUUAGUAGGUACGUUUUUAGGUUUUGAAGUCGGUUGUAUUUUUUUUAUUAAAAUUUUUAUUAUUUUUCAAUUUUUAGUGUAAAAUGACAGUCACAACCCAUCUUGGUACAAAAUUCUCAGCAAUACAAAUUAAUCAAGCCCAAGCACAAGGUAGCUACCGUAAUCCGUCAAGGGGUUCCCUUCAUUGACCUUGGUCUUCAUCAUCAGACCCCUAAUAACAGACACAACUCAUCUAGGUAGAAAGUUCUCAGCAAUACGAAUUAAUCAAGGCCAAACACAAGGUAGUUACUGUAAACUGUUAAGGAGUUCCCUUAAUUGUCCUUGGUCUUCAUCACCAAACCCCUAAAUGACAGUCACAACCUAUCUAUGUGGAAAGUUCUCAUUAAUACAAAUUAAUCAAGCCCAAACACAAGGUAACUGCUGUAAAUCGCCAAGGAGUUCCCUCGUCUGUUUUAUGACUCCAUCAUCAGAUCGAUUUUAAACUUUCAUAAUUUUGUAUUUCUCAAAGGUACUAAAUUGGAAAAGUUUACAAACACACUAGGCACCCAUAUAAUUUUCGAAAGUUCCCCUCAAUUUCUCCAGGAUUCCAUCAUCAGAUCUUGUCAUGAUGGCAAUGGGACCAAAUGGGGACUAUACCGUUUCAAACAAAAAAAGAAUUUUUGAAAUCGGUCCAGGCGUCUUUGAGUAAUCGGUGUACAUACAUAAAAAAAAAAAAAAAAAAAAAAAAAAAAUACCGACCGAAUUGAGAACCUCCUCCUUUUUGAAGUCGGUUAAAAACUGGCCAAUUUUCUUUGACAGUUUCUUUAGUUUUGAAAGAAAAUUAUACCAAAAGCCUUUAAAUACAGUCCAAUAUUCAAUAAAAACACGACAUUCAUGAUCACUAAACAAAAUAGGCUACGUUCAUUGACCUCUUAUAAUAAAAGGACGCAGAAUCAUGUAGAAAAUUUCACUUAAAAACUGGCCAAUUUUCUUUGACAGUUUUAAUUAUUGAAAAGAUAAUACCAAAAGCCUUUAAAUACAGUCCAAUAUUCAAUAAAAUCACGACAUUAAUGAUCACUUAACAAAAUAGGCUACGUUCAUUAACCUCUUAUAAUAAAAGGACGCAGAAUCAUGUAGACAAUUUCACUUAAAAACUGGCCAAUUUUCUUUGACAGUUUUAAUUAUUGAAAGAAGGUUAUACCUAAAGCCUUUAAAUACAGUCCAAUAUUCAAUAAAAUCCCAAAUUCAGAACAAAUUCAACCUUAACGAUUGAGUUUAAAGUUGAAUUUGCAAAUGCGACUACUUGAAUUAAGUGCCAAGAAGUUGUGUUUGGCAGUCAUUGAGUGGGGACGUUUUUUAGUCGCUGAUUGAGCAUUCACAAAAAAAAGCUAUUGAGUAGGUGCAACUUUAAAGGAUACCAAUUUUCAAGGUAUAAAACGGUUAAUUUCAUUAAAUUAAUAAAAAGACAUGUAUCCAGUGACUUUAACUGUAUUAAGUAUUGUGAGCUUUAUAAAUCAGCUUUAAGCAUUGAAAGGAAAUGAAUAAAGUAGACACAUUUUUAGAUUUAAAGCUUAGUACACCAGUAGAGCUGAUGGUUGAAAAAAAAUUAACAAAUCAAAUAUUUAUGAAGUAGUUUUUAAAAAACUGAUGGGAACUCUCAUAAUAUAAAUGCAAAAGUUAAGCUAAUGUGGACUAAAUACUUUCUGUUUUAGCCGUACAGUGUUGUUUUCAGUUUUGCCUGGCUUAACUGUACAGUUAAAACUAUAACAUAUUCAAAAUUCAUUUAUUUUAAGUAGGCUCAGUUUACAAGCACUUUUGAUACGUCAGUUGACUAUUUGUAAAGAAUCUAAUACCGGUACACAUAUAUAAGUAUAAACUAACUAAAGUUGGCUAUAUGGUUUAUACGCCGUAGAAAUAGGUGCAAAAGACCUUAAACCUUAAAGACCUUUAGCCUCUGUAGAACAGUAGCAAGUUCUAUAUUAGAACGGGUAUCGAAAGCUGCUCUAAUAGGAUCUUACCAAAUUUGGAUAGGCAGGGAGAACAACACGAGCAGAGGAGGGGAGUGUUAAACGAUUGUAAAGGAAUUCCUUAACCCUACGUCCUUUGGUCACAAGUCCAGGACUCUGCUCGUAGUUUAUCUCUCUACCACGCGAUGGACCCGGUACCCGCAUGGUGAAUCCAUGGAAUGCUAAGAUAUUCGUCUCUUUUACCGUCCAAUUUCACCCUCUGAUAUUAUAGUCUAGCCAUAAAUAUAGAAAAUUCUAGAUUGGAGGCGAUUUAUCCCAUCUGUGCUUUGUAUGCUAAUGGAAGAAAAUAGUUUUAUCACUUUGUUCCGCAUUGUGGUAUUUUAUAUUUUUCUGGUCACGUUUUACAACAAUAUGUACCUAUACAUAGUAUUAAAAUAGUUUGAAUUUCAUAUACCUACAGAAAAAUUGACCAAUUAUUAUCUGUCGCACCCUCAGACCAAUUAUUGUAUAGGACCUGCCUCGCUAAAUGUUACUUUUCUGUCAAAGUAUAUGAUCAACGAUCUAAUGCGAUUAUAAAAACUGUCUCUAUAAUCGGUGUUAAAUAGUUGUAAUCGUGUUCAUCGGUUAAAGAGCUCCGUAAAAUACCUUUUUGUGAAAUUGAAUGGUGUAAAAAUCGAACAAAAACUUCUAGUUUAGUACAAGAUAUAUACCAAAUGUAAGCUCAUUUUCCUCAGAAAAUGACAGACAAUUUUGUUCGUGACUAUGAGUGCGAUACAGGUCCUUCUAUAAUUGGUCUGAGGUCGUACCACACAAAAUGUAGGGUUCUGCAGUUGCCCGUUGAAAUGUACGCAUUUAAAAGAAGACUUCUUUUUACAUUAUUAAAAAAAAUCUUUUACCAAUAGAAAGCUAUACUAUUAAUGAACUUAUUAAAAUACAGCCUAUGAAACUUAAACUAUUUUACAGCUGUACCUAAUCCUACAGUCUGUUCGUUUAAAAUAAAGUAAAAUUUAUAGUAUUUUGGAAAUAUUUUUGUUAAUCGUUGUUUUUGACCAGUGGCGUAGCUUGCCUUGGAGGGCCCUGUAUCAAAAUUUUUAGACGAGCGGCAAAUCACGAAAAUCUGUUUAGCAGAUUUUUAUUAUGUUUUUUUUUCUCGGGGAAGCCACAGAUUAAGUGAGAUUAUGGAUAAAAUUUUUACAAAUUUUUGCUUUCACACAUAUGGGGCCCCUGUAGUCGUAGGGCUUUGUCAUUGAUACGGCUGAUACGUCGGUAGUUACGCCCCUGUAUUUUGACGUAUAAGUGUUAAUUUACACGAGCGGCAGCUGUCGACUGCCGUUGGCUGCCGCCGAGACGUCGCUGACUGCAGUCGACUGCGGUCGUCGGUAGAGUUACCGCUCGUGUAAAUGAACCUUAAGUUGAAAUUGUAUCCAAUAAUUAAUGUGCCAGUGUUUAAUUAUAAAGCAAAUGCUUUUAAUGUUCUCAAGUGUAAUGGAAUUUGUAUUUUUUUUUGUUACUAACAAGGUGUUUAAUAAGUAUAAUGUAAUCGACAUUGGGUUCUAACAUUUUAUAGUCAUAUACAUUUUUAUAACAUUUAGGUAGGUAUAUUGUUAUGUUAAGUUUAAGGUUUGUUAUGGCACAAUCUGAUUUUACAAGUAAGAAAUAAUUCUUUUAUAAUCAUACACAUUUAUAGUAAUAGAUUUUUGACUAUAUUUUAUUUAUAUACAUUUUAUAAAAUUGUUUGUGUUUGAAAAAUGGCGGACCAUUCAAUGGUUAGAUUUUUUGAAUGAUUUUAAACGUUAAAUAAUCACUGAGUAAUUCGUUGUAUUAUUGCGUGCUGUUUCUUAAAUUACUUAUUAUACUUUUUUGAAUUGGUAUGUGAUCAAUAUUGUAAUCUCAAGUGUCGAAUAAAUUGUAAUGCUUUUAGUAGGUUAUACAAUUUUAUAUGCUUUUUAUUUGCAUGUUAAAAUAUUGAAAUAAAUUAUUUACAUUUAG